AUGGGGUGGCUUCAGAAUCUUGUUGUGUAUGCUCUUCAGGCCUCUGGAGGUACGCAACAAGGAUCACAAGGACAACAGGGCCAGCAAAGCCAGCAAAACCAGCAAAACCAGCAAAACCAGCAGAACCAACAAAGCCAGCAGAACCAGCAAAGCCAACAAGGACAGCAGGGACAAGGCAGUCAGCUUGGGAGCAAUGUCCAAGCAGGACACGGCGCUCCUGGCAGCCAGGCCGGAAACGUGCAGCAGAACGUGGCCGUCGCCCCAUCUCCUUCUAUCACUGUUGCUGGUAGCAUCAUUACAGCAUCUGGGGGGACAUAUGUCUACGAUCACAAGACACUGUCUCCGGGCGGCUCUGCCAUUACCAUCGCGGGAACAACGUACAGCUUGUUUUCGGAUCCCCAUGCUUCGACAACCUACCUCGUAGUAAAGUCCAGUGGUCACUCAGCUACGACUCAGACGGUGCAGCAGCCAAAGACAACUAGCUCGAGCUCGACACGUACUUUGACUACCACUGGCACAUCCUCCAGCCUUUCUUCCUCUUCCAGCACCACAUUGGCUACAUCUACAAGAACAACCUCAUCCGUCAGGACGUCGAGCGCUAGUUCGAGCCUUCGACUGAGCUCCUCAUCGUCUGCCCAGACAUCUGUCAGCGCAUCCACGAGCUUGCCCACAACUUCGUCGCUCUCUUCCAGCAAGGCUUCUUCAAGCUCGAUUGCGUCCGAGUCGGCCUCAUCGAGCGUCGUGUCAACCUCUUCUUCUUCGAGUUCAGUCGUGUCGAGCUCAGCCUCGUCGAAUUCGGCAUCAUCUCUUUCUUCAUCAUCCACUCUUGCUGCGUCUUCAACGACUUCGACUUCUACCGGCACUCCUUGUGCAGGCAACACGGCAUCAUCAAGGACAGCAUGGUGCGACUACAGCAUCGACACUGAUUACUACAACGUCGUACCCGAUACAGGCGUCAGGCGGGAGUACUGGUUCGACCUCCAAGAGGUUACGGUGGCGCCGGAUGGCAUUGAGAGAAUUGCUUUGACUGUCAACGGAACGGUUCCUGGACCGACAAUCGAGGCCGACUGGGGCGACACUGUCGUUGUGCACGUCACAAACAACUUUGCAUCGAGUCUCAACGGCACCAGCAUCCACUUCCACGGCAUCCGCCAGAACUACACCAACCAGCAUGAUGGCGUCGUGAGUAUCACGCAGUGCCCGACGGCACCGGGUGAGAGCUAUACCUACACCUGGCGGGCAACGCAAUAUGGAACAACUUGGUACCACUCUCAUUUUGCUCUCCAAGCAUGGGAGGGAGUCUUUGGUGGCAUCAAAAUCAACGGACCCGCAACUGCCAAUUAUGACGUCGAUUUGGGCCAUCUCUUCCUGAACGACUGGAGCCACGAGACUUCAAGCGCUCUCGAGAUCGUAUCAGAAACGCAGGGACCGCCGACGUUGGAGAAUGCGCUGAUCAACGGAACCAACGUGUACAACGAUUCCGGAGUGGUGACCGGUUCCCGGUUUGAGACAAGAUGGGAAGCCGGUACAUCUUACCGACUGAGGUUGGUCAGUGGUGCCAUCGAUAGCCAGUUCAAGUUCUCUGUCGACAACCACACCAUGUUGGUGAUCGCGAACGACCUGGUACCCAUUGUUCCGUAUAACACGACCGUGCUGAACGUUGGGAUGGGUCAACGCUACGAUGUGAUCAUCACGGCUGAUCAGGAAUCCAUCGCGACAGAUUUCUGGAUGCGGGCGAUUCCGCAGACGGCUUGCUCCAACAACGACAGCCCCGACAACAUCAAGGGGAUCGUCCGCUACUCGACCAGCACAUCGUCCGACGACCCCGAAACCACGGGAUACGACUACACCAACGAGUGCGUGGACGAAGCCAUGAGCGACCUCGUGCCGUGGGUGUCGAAGAACGCCGAGUCCGGGACAUCGCUGCUCGAGGCGGUGGCGCUGGGGCGCAACUCGGACAACUACAACCGAUGGUACAUGAACAGCACGUCGAUGGUGGUGGAGUGGAACAACCCGUCGCUGCUGCAGGUGUACGAAAACGACACGACCUUCACCGACACCAGCGGGAUGGUGCGGCUGGACACGGCCAACGAGUGGGUCGUCUUCGUCAUCGACACGACGAUGCCGGUCCCGCACCCCAUCCACCUCCACGGGCACGACUUCAACGUGCUCGCCCAGGGAACCGGGACGUACGACUCGUCGGUGACGCUGAACCUGGACAACCCGCCGCGACGGGACGUGGCGCUGCUGCCUUCGGCGGGCUACCUCGUGAUCGCGUUCGAGACGGACAACCCCGGGGCGUGGCUGAUGCACUGCCACAUUGGCUGGCACACGUCCGAGGGCUUCGCGAUCCAGAUCCUGGAGCGGUGGGAUGAGAUUGAGCCGUUGAUCGACUACGACGUGCUGGAGGAGAAUUGCAAUGCGUGGGACUCGUACGUGGCGGCCUAUUCGGUUGAGCAGGACGAUUCUGGGGUGUGA